AUGUCUCAACCAUUAAGGUAUGGUUAAAUUAUAUCACUUAAACCUUCAGAAAUGGAUCAUAUGUUCGUUAUCAGUGAUGGUCACAUUAAAACGAAAGCUUAGAUCUUUGAAAUCAAAGCCAAGAAGGUUGCAUCUGGAACACUUUUCUUUUAAAGUCUGUUUCAAAUUUACCCUCAAUUCCAAACUUCGAAGAUCGACUAGGCAUUAAAAUUGGAGCGCGAAUUGCAAAAAGAGAAAUACUAAAAAGACAACAUGAAAUCAAAUAAAAUAAAGGAAAUGGAAGAAAAGGUAUUUCAAGAAUACAAACAAAAUAUUGAGACAGCAGAGAAAAACAAAGACUAGAUCUUUACAAUGGCUUAGCCUAUUUAGUUCUUGCAUUUAUCCAGCAACAAAUUCUUGGCGUGUAAUUAUUUCGAAGCAGACGAAGAAAAAGAAAAUUUCAAAUUAGAAUUGAAUGAAUAUCCCUCAGAUAAUACUUGCUUCAGACUUGUGCCUGCCUACUUUCACCAAACCAGAGCUGAUGGAUUGAUUGCAGACGAACCCUUAUACAUAAUCAUGGAUAAAAUCUAUCUCGGCAUGAAACCCUACCUACACAUGAGUGAUUCCACCAAGCGCUACAAUAAUCAUCUGAUAUUGGCUUCAAGGACUAUGUUCAACUUCCCGAAUGCUAAGGCUCUCCAAAGGAAAAUAAUCUCCGGACAAACCAAAAGCAAGUAAUCCAGAGUUGAUCUCAAUGACUUACAAGAACCAAAUACUCAAAUCAUGUUGAUGGCUCUUGAUUACAAAAAAAAGUAAGAUUUAGAAUUAGCACAUCAAUUGGCAUCAGCAGAAUCAAUAUAGAAGAAGGAAAUAAAUGUUUCCUUAGAAAAAAGAUCUCCCUUCCUUAUUUCAGUCUUCUCCAAUACAGAAGAGGACGAAAACAAAAUAUAUUUUGGAGAUGUGAUUUGGUUGCAUCACAUAGAACUGAAUGCAAUUUUAGUGACUGUUAAAAAUAUGUCGGAUGAAAUUAUUGUUUCACUCUAAUAGACUAAAAAUGAUUAAUUGGGUGAGUUUAUUGGUAAUACGAAUGGAAUGUGGUACAUAGAGAGUUUGAAUAUGAAAGGAGGUCCAGUAGAGUGGGGUUAGAUUUUUAGGUUAAGACACUUUUCAUUGGGGAAAUAUUUGGCUGUUUAGAAGGAAUAAGAUAGAGAUACUGAUACUUAUUCAUGCUUUUAUUUGGAAGACAAACAAAGCGAGAACUCUUUAUUGUAAUUUUCAGCUCUUCCAAGUUCAAUCAAUGAAAAUGAAAAGUUUGUAACUAAGGAUGGCUUUUUCAAACUGAAAAAUAACAAAAAAUGGAUCUAAUUCAUUGAUAAGCAUCCUGAUUCUGAUUCAUCAAUAGUUAUGUUGAGGUUAAGUGACAAUUGUAAGGAUGAUGAUGUCCUCAAGUGUUACAAGGCUAAUUUAAAUGAGAUUCAAGAGACAUCCUUUUUGGUUUCUUGUUUUCCAAUCAUGAGGAAGACUUUGUCUAUUUUGACUGAUUUGGCAACCAAGGAUUACAAGAAGAUCUAUCAAGAUAAAAACAUCAAGUUCCCAAAGAAGAUUGCCUAAUUAAAGAAAGUGCUCUAGGAUUUAACCAGAUUUUGUUCAAAUUAAUUUCUCAUUAGCAGUUAAAACAGAUAGAAGGUGUUAAAGGAGCAAUACUUUAUCGAUAUCUUAUUAGAAAUAUUGUGUAAUAUCAGCAACGAGGGUGAGAUCAAGGAAUAUUUGGAAUUGACAAGGAAAAAAAAAGGCCACGGAUUUUCUGAUACUAUUUAGAGAUCAGCAGCUUAAAAACUACAUUCUGCAGCAUUUUAAGUCAGAGAUGCCUUGCUCUAAGAUUUUGGUUAGGUGGCUUCGAGAGUAUAGUAAGAGAAUGACAAGAAAUAAUUAAGGUAAUAUAUUGGAGAGAAAUUUGAAGUAAUCAAAAUGAUUUAUCAAUUAUUGAUUUGUAUAUGCAAGGACAACAAUUAAAACGAAGCAUAUGUCUAUGAUAGAGUAGAAAAAUUCUAGUAUUAGGCUAAAUUUUUUAAGGAAACUACCGAUUUCAUUAUUUCUUUACUUAAAAACAAUGAAUAGUUAUUAUAAAAUCUAACUGAAAAGAUUCGUUUAUCUGAAUAGAAAUAAAGAAGAAUAAGACAUGAAUCUAUUAAAUCAUAUCCUUAAUUUAGGCUUGAUAGUAGUUUGCUUUAAAGAGAUCCAAAUAAUAUUGUACUAUUCUAUAAGAAAUUGGUAGAGGAAUCUCAGAAUUCAAAGGAUUACAUUGAGUUUUUUAGAACAAUAUGUAAAUACAAUAAUAAGGGAUUAUCUGUCAAUUAGGAAACUAUUUUUAAGAAAUGCUAAGAAAAUCCAAAAUUCAAUAAUGCACUAUUUUGGACUAUUACGUGUACAGACAAUUAGAUGCUGAUUGAAAAGGAUAUUGACAAAAAGACUAUGUUUUAAUUAAACAAAGAGGAAUUGGAAUCAUUUGUUGCUCAAUUGAGAUUAUACUCAGACUUGGCUCUUUCAAGAAACUUUUAGUGGAAAGGAAUACUUGAGAAGAAAUUCCCAAAGUAAUUUACAUUUGAAUAAAUCUUUAAUAACGAAUUAGAUCCUGAUGUUAGAUCAGCUCUCUGUAAUUUGGCAUUAACUGUCUAUAUUGAUCAUGAGCCUUUGCAUCUAUAAAUUGUUCCAAAUUUGUGCAGAUUAGUCAACCAAUAGGCAAUUAAACAAUAAUAGGAAUUUCAUGACCAUGAAAUAUUUAAGUAGUUAAUUCCUAAAGUAAUGACACAGAUCCAUGAUUAUAAGAAGAAUUUGAUUGACGAUUUAACAAAAGGGUCAUAAGCAAGCAAGAAAAAAAAGUCAGAAGCGCAGCUACAAUUAGAUAUUAUUAAACUUGCUAAGACUCUGAUUCAAUUUGAUGUUGUCAAUUUGAUUAAUAGGAAGGAUAUCUAUAGCGAAAUAUUGCAACCUCUAAUCACAUUUUUAGAAUAUGAUAAAAAUAAUUAUGUGUUGUCAUAUUUGAUGAAUCUAUAGAGGGAAGAAACUCUAAAAAGAGCCAAGAAUUCAAAUAAAAUAAUCUCAACAAUGAAAGGCAUGGUGACUGGAGCCAUUGAUGUUGGUAGAGCAUUAGUAAAUGUGGUUGUAAGAAAGAAGCAAGAUCUUGAAGAGGAAUUUGCAGAAUAGACUUUGUUUUCUAAGCAUCCCAUUACUGCUAGUUUACUGACAAUCACUUCAAAAAUACAGAGUCUAAAUACUGAGAAAGGGGAAGAAACCUAUUAGAUUGACAUUGAAUAAAAAAUGGAAGUUUGUGAGUUGUUGAUAUUCUUUUAGGAAAUGAGAUUGGAUUUCUUGAUCACUAACUUUUUGGCGUUUUAUGCUGCCAAAUAGAAGAAGAAAUCUAAUAAAUUAAAAUAUGAAUUGGAAUUUGAUUUAUUAUAAGUAUUGCCACCUACAUUGAGAACUGGAAUUGAGGAGCCAACCAAAUAAGGAGCCAAAAAUAUCAUAUAAUGGUUAGGAGAUAUUAUUUCGAGAAUGGGUAGAUUCUUGAAUAAGAAAUUUAAUAAUUUUACCAAAGAAUAAGAAAUGCCAGAUUUGGAUACACUCAUGAGUGGGGCAAAUAAGGAUUUGGUCAAGGAGGCUGUUUUGCCAUCCCUUUUAAUUGUGUUUCACGUUUCAAGUGAUUGCUUGCUUUUGGAUAAGGUAGUGGAAGUUAUUAGGAGGUGCUUCUCAUAGAAGUUGGAAUUAUUCGAAAAGAUGAGAGACCUUGAGAUCCUGUUUGACUAAACUGAAAUCAAUUGCUAUUAGAAAAUGGUUUAAUUGCUGAGUAGAUUGAGAACAUUAACUGAGUCAUCUGAAGUUUGGAUUAACACUUUUCACCAUAAGUCAACAGAAAAGGAAGCAUCUAAUGAACCCAAAGAGUUGCAUCAAGUUUAGCAUAUCACUAAAGAUCUUGAUUCUUUAUUGUACAAACACACCACUGUGACUCCAAAUUUAGAAAUCAUUACUUAGGAUGACUUCUUAUAGAUAUCUACAAGCAGACAAAAAGUGUUCAAUUUUCUUAAUGGACACACACCUUUAAUUAAUUUUUUGAGAGAUUCAUAAAAUUAAUUAUGUGAUUUCCUAAAGGGUGGAUAUAAAGCAGAUUAUCAAUAGACAGUUUCAGAAUUGCUAAAAACAAUUUAUUAGUGUUUAACUAAUUUUUGCAAGGGAAACAGGCCAAAUUAGAAUUUAUUAGCAUAACACUUUGAACUCUUUGUGGAUGAAAUCGAAAUAGAUUUUGGGUAAACUAUGUUGUUAUGUGCAAUUUAUGAGGAUAAUAAAUUUUUGUGUGAGAAUAUUCCAGAUUCUAGAAUCAAAUAGUUUCUAGGUUAUAUCAGGGAUUUUGGGAGACAAAGUAGAUUUUUAGAAUUGUUAAAAACAAUUCAAAUUUGUAAAGGGCAGAGUCUUGUUGAGAAUCAAUUGAAAAUACUCUCAUUUUUAUUACCUCAUCAAAAGGAGGAAAAUAAGAAGGCUCAUGAAUAUUUGCUAUGGGGACAAUUUACAAAAGAUUCAAAGGGAAUUGAAUUUAAUUUCUUUAAUGAUGGGCAAGAUAAGGAAUAGAAACAUCAACCAUAUAAGUAUCACUGUAAAUUAAUCGACUUGCUAUUGUAGACUACGUAAGGGGAGGAGAGUUACAAAUUAAAUACUCCAAAAUUAAAACAAAUAUUUUCUUUGGGGUAUUUGGUUAAUUUGGUGGCUGAAGAAAAUGAUGAAUUCAUUGAAGGCUACUUUCCAAAUGGAACUAAGGAUGCAAACUAACUGAAGGUGAAGGUUAUACUCUUCAUCAAUUGGAUUUAUAUCUAAAAUAGUUUGACCUAAUAGGAGGUGAUGAUUAAGGAGCAAGCUAACUUUAAUAAGUUAUUCAACAAAGAGAAGGAAAGAUUGUUAAAGUUAAGUUCAUAUCCAAAUAGAGAUGAAUAUCUGAAAUACUUUUUUGAUCAUUUGGUUCCUCUGUUUGAAAACUUUGUGAAUAAAAUUUAUGCUCAAGAGAAAGCAUAAAGAGAUGACAAUUAUGAUGUGCUAAAGGAAAUAUUGGAAACAAUUGCCAUGAUGUCAGAUGGAAUUUUAUGUCAAUAUCUUACAAAAAACCAAUAUAAUGCAUUGUAUAGAUUGUAUAAGCCAUUUGAAGAGAACACAAAUAGACUAUAAAUGAAUUUCUCAUCAGCCAUCAAAGAUUAGAAUGAUGGCUUAUCGAGCAACAAAAAAUCUGUGUACGAACCUCCUCCUCCUGAGUUUAUGAAGUCUUCUUUGAAGAAGAAUUAAGUCAUGACAAUCUUUAAUAAAAAGGAGAAGUCCUUUUUAACUGAACAAUUUAAGACACCUAAUUCUAAUGAUAAGUCUAAAAUGUCAAGAAAUAAAUUCUCGUAAACCUCAUAGUAAUUAUGGGUCAAUAGACCCAAUUGGUUCUAAUUUUUGGAUAUGUGUGAGUAGAGUUAAGUGUUGUAGGAUAAGAUUAAAGAAGAACUCCACACUUUGGCCAGUGCAAUAUUCCACAUAGACAAACUUGUUUCUGAUAAGAUGAAUACGAGUUAAAGCAAUUCCGUGAAUCUUGAUUUUAAGGGGUUUUUAAAGAAAUACAUAAGAUUCGUGGAAUAAGGGAUCAUCAAUAAAGCAGGGAAAAAGAAUCUCAUCUAUUCAUUAUAGCUAUUGGAGGAAUUGCUGACUAUUAACGAUUUGGAAGAGAUGCAAAAUCUGUUUGAUCAAUAGAAUGCAACGAGAAUGAUAUUGAAUAUAAUAGCAGACUAUAAAAUCUAUCCCUUUGAUGACGAUUUCUUCAACUAACUAUUAAGUUUUGGGUGUAAGCUGCUUGAAGGGGGUAAUCCAAAAGUGCAAAAGACAAUUUUCAACUAUUUUUCAACCUAUAGUAGAUCUGAGAACAUUUUUAGCAAAUUGAACUUGGUUAUCAAUGAUCAUAUAGAAGAAUUGAAUAUUAAGUACAAGAUACAGAAUGAGAUGCAGAAGGAAGAAAAAUAACAGCAAAUAUUGCAAUUAGAUACUGAACCCCAAGUGCCCUAGGAUUAAGUCAAUGAUCACACCUAAGAAAUGCAGUUUAAACAAAAGCUCCGAGAGUCCUUGUUGAUUAAUGUGCUGAGAUUUGUAUAAUUAUUUUGUGAAGGUCACAAUUUGGAUUUAUAGAAUUAUAUAAGAUAGUAAUUUAAUUCAAGAAACAAUUACAACUUAGUUUCUAGUAUAAUUGAAUUGCUUUACAUGUAUCAUUUAGAAUUGACAAAUGAAAAUUAUGAGAACAUCUUGAGGUGCCUGGACACUUUGACAGAGUUUGUUUAAGGGCCUUGCUGCUAAAAUUAGUAGACAAUAAUUGAUAGCAAAUUCCUUGAGGUUGCCAAUUCCUUAUUGGCCACCCAAGCAUCAAAAUCCAAGUCCAAAGAGCACAGUUCAAAAUCAUUCUUUAGUUAAGACGAAUAGAGCAAUUAAAAGAAUAGUUCUUCAAAUUUGUCAGUUGGUAAAAUUAAGUCUGGCAAAUCAUUUAAGAACAAUCGAAUCAAUAUAAAAAAGUAUAUGUUAGAGAGGAUUAAGUACAAGGUGAUGGUGUUGGUCACAAGUUUAUUGGAAUUAAAUUCUGAUAGUUUGGCAAUCAAGAGAAUUAUGAGAUCUUUACCGAUUGAAAUCCUAAAGAAGAAUCUAACCCAAAUUUAUAAGAAGCACAAAAAACUUUAUGGACCAACGUAUACUCAAGAUGCAUUGAAACAUAUUGAUGAAGAUCCAGAAGGUAACACUGAAAAGCCUGAAUUUCAUGAAGCCAUCCUAGAAACAGGGUUUUAUAUAUAUUUCUUAAUUUUAUAUUAUUACGAAUUAGAUACUCAAGAGAUUGAUUAGGAGACAUCUACAGAAUUGCAGAAAGCCAAAAACAGUUUGUUCAACAAAAACCUAUUUAUGGAUUCAUUGAUUGGGCAGUUGUUUACCUUUGCCUUUGCCAUCAUUGGAGGUGUGUUAACAACAAUAAGUCAAGCCAAAAAUUACUUAUAGAAGGCUGUUGAGCGAAUUGGCCAAAAAAUAGAUUCAACUGAAAUUGAUAAGAAAAACUAGAAGCAAAAAGAGAUCAAUCAAGAGAUAUUCAGAGAAACUAUCUAAUUCUUCGCAUAUAAUUCUGCUCAUGUUGAAGUGGUCAGAAACAAUUAAAUAGAAAGAAUCCAAUUCUACAAACCUCCUUAUUGCAAAUAUCUUCCCAAAGAACGAAAGAAGGAGUUCCAUGAGACAGUGAACAGAGAUUCAACUAAUUCCAAAAUAUCUGAUUUGAUAGAAUAAACGGAUAGCAUUAUUGAAGUUUGCAAACAUGAAGAAAAGUUAGCUGUCUUCUUUAGUAAGAACAAAUUUAUAGCAAUAUUUGCUAAUUACGUUAUUUUAUGGAAGGAUUUGGCAUUUAUCCUAACAUUACUAUUAAAUUUAUUCAUCAUUUUAUCGUAUGCUGACAAUGAGAAAACGGGAUAGCAAACAGGAGAUGAAGUUGAAAGCAUUUAAACAAUUAGAAAGAAUAGAAUUAGCAACCCGAUAUUGCUGAAUUCUAAUCUUAGUGUGGAAGAAACAGAAUCAUUGUUUUUCAUCUGUGGUAUAAUAAUGAUUGUAUGCUCGACUUUUGUGGUGCUGUUCUUUUUAUUGAAGAAGGCUCCACUCUACAUUAAAGAAUCAUAUAAGAAAUAAGAUUUAAGUGAAUAUGGAGUUCUGAUCAAUUCUUUGUUUUAGAUUUUUAAUUUUAGUUAUAGCAUUGCGAGAGUGCUUCUGAACAUCGAGAUCCUUUAUUACUUAUCAUAUGGAACCCUAGCAUUUUUAGCCACAUUUUAUCAUCCAUUUUUCUUUGCCUUCCACCUUACGGAAAUAGUCAUACGAUUCCCCUAAUUACGUAAUAUCAUUAAAAGCUUUUGGGAACCAAAAUUGUCAUUAUUACUCACAUUUAUUCUAAUCAUCUUAUUUAAUUACUUUUUCACUUUAUUUGCUUACAUAUUCUUCUAUGAUGAUUAUUCAGGAAAGUGUGAGAGCUUGUUAUAUUGCUUUUUGGAAACUUUUGACAAAGCAUUCAAGAAUAAUGGAGGUAUUGGUGGAUGGCUGGAUUCUAAUUAACCACAGGAUCCUGGAAAUUACAAUUACGGUAGAUUCUUUUUUGAUAAUCUCUACAAUAUAGUGAUUGUGAUCAUCAUGAUCCAGAUAUUCUCAGGAAUCAUUAUUGAUACCUUCUCAUCUUUGAGAGAGAAGUAGAUGCAAAGAGAUUAAGACAUUUAAGAAACCUGCUUUAUUUGUGGAUUCAGCAGAGAGUUGUUUGAUAGAAAAUCUGAAGCUGGUUUUAAAUUGCACACACAGUAUGAACAUUAUAUGUGGAAUUACGUAUUCUAUAUCUCGUAUUUGAAAGAGAAAGAACCCACAGAGUACACAGGAAUUGAAUCUUAUAUUGCGAAGAAACUGAAAAAUUACGAUAAUUCGUGGAUACCUAUAAACAAAGCGAUGGUAUUGAAGAAUAUGGUUUUGGAAUCUCAGCAUUAUGAAACAGAGAAAUUGUAAGAUAUCUAAAGAGAAAUGGACUAUAUCAAGAAAACGUCUUUUGAGAUUUAUAAAGAAAUGGAAGAAUUAAACAUUCAAUUUUUAAAUAAGUAAUUACUAAAUCAAGAAAAAUGAUCAGAUUGAUGUUUAAUUCUUCAUAAUUUAUAUCAUAUAUAUAUUUUAUA